UUGGCUCGUUUCUUCUUGUGCAUCUUGUUGUAACUGUUACAUUUUUACGUCCAACACCCCCAAUAUGUCUUCAAUGGUGUUACAUCCAAAGAUUUCACCGGAAAAACUGAAAAUCUAGCCGGAAAAACAAAGCCUCCGCCACACCCACACCACUCUGCCUCCUUCAGCCGCCGUGAGCGCAUAAAGAAACGACUCAAGAUUCAAAAUCUCGCCGGAAAAGCCAAGCCCUAGGCAAUUACUGCUCACUAUUUUAAGCUGCGAACCUCAGCAAUACAAUGCCUUCUAUUAAGAAGAAGGCUGAGCACAAUAGCAUUGGGCACAUAUUCAACAUACUACUGAAGGAGAUUGGGAAUCCAGUUGAAUUUGAACUUCCAAAUUGGUUUAAUAAAUGGAAGCCUAUGCGCUAUACCUUCAUAAAGCGCAACAUCUAUCUCACUAAGAGGAUUAAGAGGCGUCUGGAGGAUGAUGGUAUAUUCUGUUCCUGUAGCUCAUCAAGUGGGGCUUCUGGUGUGUGUGGUAGAGAUUGCCAUUGCGGAAUGCUAUUAUCAACCUGCUCUUCAGGCUGUAAAUGUGGGAAUUCAUGUCUCAAUAAACCAUUCCAGCAUAGGGUUCCAAAAAAGAUGAAACUAGUGAAGACCGAGAAAUGUGGAUCAGGGAUUGUGGCAGAUGAAGAUAUUAAGCGAGGAGAGUUUGUAAUAGAAUACGUGGGAGAAGUUAUUGAUGACAAAACAUGUGAGGAAAGGCUUUGGAAAAUGAAACACCGUGGAGAAACAAAUUUUUAUCUAUGUGAAAUUAACCGGGAUAUGGUGAUUGAUGCCACAUACAAAGGAAACAAAUCAAGAUAUAUAAAUCAUAGUUGUUGUCCAAAUACUGAAAUGCAGAAAUGGAUAAUUGACGGUGAAACAAGGAUUGGCAUUUUUGCAACACGGGACAUAAAAAUGGGCGAGAAUCUGACCUAUGAUUAUCAGUUUGUUCAAUUUGGUGCAGAUCAAGAUUGCUAUUGUGGUGCUGCAGGCUGCAGGCAAACGCUGGGGGUUAAGCCUAGCAAGCCUAAGGUGCCUUCGUCGGAUGCUGCAUUGAAAAUUGUUGCAUGUCAAGUGGCUGUAUCAUCUCCCAAAGUGAAAGCAAUUCUAUCUGGCAAAGAUGUUUAUCGCAAUGGAGUUCUGCAUAUAGGAAGUUCGAGGUAUGAUCCUACUCGGACGAGAGGCCUUCAUAAUUGCAUUGGUGAAGUUAUUAGAAUAGCUCGCCCCAUGGAUAAGAGGUCCUUUGGGAUUAUUAAACGGUUUGAUAAGAAUACCAGAAAACACUUGAUCAUGUUUGAAGAUGGUGGUCUUGAAUUUCUUGACAUGUCAAGAGAAGAUUGGGAGUUCUGUACUUUAUGAUAUGGUUGUUGGGAUAUUGUUGGAUGAAAGAUUGCCGCAGUGGUUUUUCUGCAACUGUAACAUGUUUUUUGUGGUUAGUUUCAGCAAAUUCUUGUAUAGCCCGUGCUUGGCCGUCUGUCAUGACAUGAAGUUCUGGCUUGAAUUAGGUUUAGAGGAAUGUUGUUGUACUAAAUGUAUUUUUCAUAUAUAUAUAUAGACAUACAUAUAUAUAUGUUGGAAUAAGGAAUUUGAGACGCAAUUUUGUUGAUGGAUAAGAACCAUUAUUCUUCUUUUUUAAUAGACUUUUUCAGCAUUUAAAAUGUAAUUGUAGGAAGGAUCCUUUUUGACCAUCUUAUCAAAUGUUCAUACAA